GUCGCUUGGAUUCUGCUUCAACCUGGAACCAGAAGAAUCGAGAAAAGUCCGGAUGGAGGUGAAUUUUCUGUUGAUUAUUUUGUAUUUUAACAUUGUUAAAUAUGAUGGAGACAACAGUGAGUCUUUCUAAGGGUGAAUUCGGAUGAAACAAAGCUGACAUGAGUUUGUGUCAGUGCGGUUAAGCUAGCAUGGCUUUACACUUGCUGCUAAAAGGAUCAGAGUCCAUGUAGAUAGAUAACACAGCUGAGGUAGAGCUGCAACAGUGCAAACUUUGUGCAAUCUUAAGUUUCACUGCUUGUGUUGAAUCAGGUUUAAUCUCGUACUGAACACAGGGAACAUUUAGAUUUGACUUUAUUUGAGUAAAAGACUCCAAAAUGUGUUCAAGUCAAGUUUAUGCAUGAAUAAUAUGUAUGGAUUAAAGUCUUGAAGAAUUGAAGUUGCUGCAGGAUUUUUUAAAAUUUAUUUUUGCCCACAUUUUGUGACCUUAGUUACCAUUUUAUAACUCUGUAUGUAAACUAGGGCUGGGCGAUGAAACGAAAAUGAUAUAUACCGAUGAUUAAUUUCGAUAGUCGUCAUUCUGCCAUGUCUUGGUAGACUAUACGAAUAGCAGGGCUGGGACGAUAUGCUUUUCUCCUGAUUCGAUUCUUCUAAGAUUUUUUGAAUGCCGAUUUGAUUUUAAAUUGUGAUUCUACGAUAUCGUCGAUUUUCUCGAUCUUAAAGGUCCUUACACACCGGGACAGGAAGUCGGAAAAAAGCGAAAACGGAGGCGGAAACAAGAUGGCUACAUCUACAAAAGUUAUUUUAGCACUGGCCUUGUCCGAAUACAAGGCAAGCGCCAUCUUGUUUAAGGCCUCUGAUUUUGCUUUUUUCCGACUUGGUGACUGAAACGAUGGUAACUCGGGUGUGACGUCAUUUUUGGCUCAUUAUUAUAUUGCAAAAGACACGCUACCAAUAAGCACUGUUGUUUUUCUCUCUCAGCCCAAAAAGAAGUUGAUAAACUCGGUGGACGGCUGUGUGGAUGAGGCCCUCUGCGGCCUGGUGAGGGCCAGCGGGGGCCUCUCUCUGCUGAAGGGCCACAGAGUCGUGCUCCGCUCUGACCUGGACAGCCUGAGGGGGAAAGUGGCUCUGCUGUCUGGAGGAGGGUCGGGACACGAGCCGGCACACGGGGGUAAGACUUUAAGGUUAUAAAACUGGACUGGGGAUAUCGUAACCUUUAUUCCUGCCACAUGUAUGCGUCUGUUUGCAGGUUAUAUCGGUGCAGGGAUGCUGUCAGCAGCUGUUGCAGGUGGGGUUUUUGCAUCUCCACCUCCUGCGAGCAUCUUGGCUGCUAUUCUGUCCUUACACGGUUCAGGUAAAGUCCGUUUUUGUAGAUCUCUAGAAGAUGAUAAUGUCUGUUUAUGUAUAAGAGAGAAGUCAGAUUCAAUAUCCUCCCUCCACAGGAGCCUCUGGAGUCCUCCUCAUUGUGAAGAACUACACCGGAGACCGCCUCAACUUCGGCCUGGCUGUAGAGCAAGCCCGUAACCAUGGCGUUGCUGUUGACAUGGUGAUAGUGGCCGACGACUGCGCCUUCAACCAGCCCAGUAAGGCGGGGAGGAGAGGCCUGUGUGGUACCGUCUUCAUACACAAGGUAAACAAUAAACAUUCGACAGGUGAAUGUUUGUUUUUAUUUUCAAAAUGGUUUAAAAAUAUCUUCUGACUGUUUUUCCAGCUGGCCGGUGCUUUGGCAGAAGAGGGCUGCUCAUUGGAUCAGAUCGUUUCCAAGGUGACAGAAGUUUUAAAGGGGAUUGGUGAGUCUUUUUCCCCUUCAUUUUAAAGGGAUAUUCCGGGGUAAAAUUAAUCUGGGGUCAAACACACCGUAACACCGAAUUAGACACCCCCUCGAGAGAUGAAUGUUGACGACCGCUUGCUUCUCUAGUUUUCCAACUUUAGUAACGACCGCAGGAUAGCAAUACACAGCGGUCUGAGGAGCCAUAAACAAACCUCUCUCAACGCAAACCAACGCCGCUCUCUUUUUAUUUUUUAUAAUGUAGGUACUCUGGGGGUGAGUUUGUCCCCCUGCAGCGUCCCGGGCUGCCUUCCAUCUUUUGAGCUUCCGCCUGGAGAGAUGGAGCUUGGACUGGGUGAGGGAUAGAAAAAUCAAGAACUGGAGAAAAUGGCGGGAAUUGUUGCAUUUCUUAAAGCCUGACUGGUGUUUAUCGUCUGUCGUAGGAAUCCACGGUGAACCUGGCGUCAAAAGGUCAAAGGUGAUUCAGAUUCAGCCACGAAUAACCUCUUUACCGUCACCGUUAUGUGUUCGUUAAUCCCAGUUUCUCCUGUUUAUCAGGUCGCUUCAGCAGACGAGGUGGUGAAAACGAUGAUAGAUCACAUGACCAACCCUGACAGCCAAUCACAUCUGCCUGUUAAGUCAGGUUGUCCAAGAAUUACGGAUUAUAUUUCCAAUUAUCUUUAAAUGAACAAAGUUAUAAACGGUCAUUUUUCCUCAUAAUCAGGUGACACUGUCGUCGUCUGCGUGAACAACCUCGGGGCACUGUCAUGUCUGGAGAUGGAGGUGGUUACCAGAUCGGCUGUCACCUGUCUGGGUAACCAUGGUUACAUUACUCAUCUAUUCUUAUGUUUGUUGGUUUGUUUUGAGUUUGAAAGUAAUCAGAGGUUUUUUCUUCUGCAGAGAGUCGUGGGUUGGUCAUCGCCAGGGUGAUGUCGGGCUCAUUCAUGACAUCACUGGAGAUGGCGGGAGUGUCGCUGACGCUGAUGAAGGUCGACGAGGAAACGCUGAGACUGUUCGGUGAGCGAAAGAGCUCCCCGAUAAAAAAGAAGGGGUUUCUACGGCUCCUGGAAAUAUGGGGAGAAGGCUUACCCGGGAUUUCCACCGCAUCCGGAACGGCUCCGAUUCAGAACGGUGGCGAUUUUUGCCGUAUGCCAAUUCCUACUGGAUCCAUUUAUGAGGCGAAUUUCGUGGCAGAUUACAGACAGCAGGAAUCGCAAGAACUCACAAGAACCCGCGGAUUAACAUGCAAUUGCGCGAUAAUAAGUUGUCUUUAGCAGAAGAUCGUAUGGUUACGAUCGGAGGAUAUGGUUUUCGUAGCCGUUCCGGAUGUGGUGGAAAUUGGGGGUUAAUAUUCAGCAGACAUGGUUCUUGCAAAGAUAGAAAAACAAGAACGCUCACAUGUUACGUCUUCUUUCUCGCGCAGAUGCUAAGACUAGCGCCCCCGCCUGGCCGAACCUGAGCAGUGUGAGUGUUAGCGGACGCAGCUACAUCACAAACCCUCCACCUAUGAGCACACGGCCGCAGGAAGCCACAUACUCUGAGGGUUCGUAUUGUUGUUAUUAUUAGCGUCAUAAGAUGCUCAAUACAGCCCCAUGUGGCGGUUAAAGGAACUGCAGUGUGAGGAGUUUAUUUCUAAAUUAAUAUGUAUUUUUGUUGUUUUUUUCUUUCAGGGCCUUUGAGUCCUGUGAUGCGUAAAGUCCUGGAGAGAGUCUGCGGCACACUUCUGGAGAAGCAGGAGGAACUGAACUCUCUGGACCGAGCUUCAGGGGACGGAGAUUGUGGGAACACUCACGCACAAGCAGCCAGAGGUCCGAACACUAAGAGAUAAAAUAUCACUGAUUCAUACAAAAGCACAGAGAUUGAAUCAUGUGAAAAUACUCCCUCAGCUAUUCAGGAGUGGCUUCAGCAUCAUGUAAUCCCUGGUUGCCCGGGACAACUGUUGUCCGUCCUUGCCGGAUUGGUGGAGGAGAAGAUGGGCGGGUCUUCAGGAGCGGUCAGUUUCGUAUGAGUUUUUUUUGGUUCAUUGACAGUUCGAACUUGAUUCGCUCAGACUCUUAUUUUGACGUGUCUCUUAGCUGUACAGUUUGUUCCUGACUGCAGCGGCAGGUCAUGUGACCGAGGGGCGGAGCAACGCCGCAGCCUGGGCUAAAGCAAUGCAUGCUGGGACGCAGGCCAUGAGGAGGUGCGUUGAUGUUUUUUUCUAUUUUCUAAAUUUUCUUUCUGAAUUAUAUUGAUAAAAAUUAACAGUAUAAAAAUAAUAAGUUGAACACAUUUAAAAUAAUAAUAAUAACUUUAUUUUUAUGGUACUUUUAGCUCUGUUAGCUCAAUUCUCGAUACCCAACCCUAGGCAAACAUUAGGUUCUCCAAGCCCAAAAUAAAACACCUGGAGAAACUUUUUAAGACUUCAGCGAUGUCUGAAGUUUGUCAUUUACUUUCAUCCUGAAGCUCAGAAAGACAAAGUCUGAAGACAAAGACCUGUCAGAGCUUCAGUAAGAGCUGCAGAAACAGGAAACCGACAAACAGCUUAAAGGUCAACGUGAAGAAGCGCUGAUUCUGUGGGCUGAUAAGAACCAAAUCUGAACUUUAAAGUGUUUUUUCAGGUACGGGGGAGCGGAUCCCGGAGACAGAACCAUGGUGAGAAAACUCCUCUGUGCUGGUUUGAUACUUUUAUAUCAAAACUUCGACUUUUACCUGAUUAAACGGGUUAUUUUUCUGUCCUUUUUUAGUUGGAUGCUCUGUGUCCUGCUGUGGAUGAGCUGAUGAAGCUGACAACAGCGCCCCCUGGUGGAGAGAUGGCAGUCCUGCAGAGUGCAGUAGAGGUACCGUCACAUACUUCAAUCUCAUACUGCUGACACUUUUUCUUCACAUCCUCUCUGAGCCGUCUUUUUUUCUUUUUCUCUCUUUAUCUCCUCUCAGAAAGCAACCAAAGGGGCGGAGUCAACCCGCGACCUCACCGCGAAGGCGGGGCGAGCCAGCUACAUCGCUGCCGAGAGGGUCACCCUGCCUGACCCCGGCGCCGUGGCUGUGGCAGCCAUCUUGAAAGCAGUGCUGCAGUCACUGUAGAAGUACUUUGACUAAAACUGUCAGAUCAUCACGGUUAAACCUCGACAAGGAAAACCUGCGAAAUGACAAGAUCUGUGAGGCAUCUUUCAAGCAUUUUGAGGGAACUUUACAGAUUUUUGUUCAAUAAAAGGACAAAAAAUGAAAAAAAGCUCAAAAUAGUACAGAAGAUGAUGCAAAGUUUAGGGUGUUAAGAUAAGGUGCCAAAUAACCCCAAUAAAGUCCUAAAAGCACUAACAGCACUGCAAAAACCGAAAACACAAUGGUAAUAAUAUAUUUAGAUGAUUUUCUUGUUGUUUCUUGAGUUGGCCGAGUGUUAAAUUUAACAAUUCUUGCGACUUUUAACAAAAGUUUGAAACCUUAUUCUGACAGUGAGGUGAUAAAGAGAGUAGACGUCACAUACAGUCUCUAUAGAGUAGGUUUUAUGUCGAUCAUUCCUAAUCAAAAUUAGACGAAUCUGAUCUUAGAGGCGACUUUCAAAGUCCCUCAAAGCGGUUCAGUCUGGUUAGUUGUUCAAACAUCUGCUGCUGAUUUAAAAAAUCUGGAUAUUGAGUUUGAACAAGAUAAAGUUUUAACUAUAUUGGACUCACAAUAGAGUUUUUAAAAAGUAACUGUGGGACCACGUCUGAGAAAAAAAGACAAGUCAAGUCUGAAAUAGUCGGCGGUCUCUCUGGUGGUCUGGUCUGGUGGUCUGGUCUGGUUUUGUAUGUCAUGAUAAAUUUAGACCAGCUAGAGAGACGAUGUCGACUCUUUCGCGGUACUUUGUGAAGAUAAUGCUGUAUAUAAAGUUUAGAAGCACUUUUUUUGACCUUCAAGUUUUGGAUUUGUUGAAUAAAAUAACUUGAUUUCACUGAUAAACAGUAACUCACCUCUUCUUUUGUUUGUUUUUUACAGUCCGCUCAUGAUAAGUCUCUGUGAACAGGGGAUUUCUCUUUCUUUUGUUAAUGAUUAAAACUGUUGAUAGGAA